AUGCCGUUCUCAUUUACCAGUGAUGGACGUACACUGAGUAGUUUUUUUAACUCACCAGAGCAAAAUUCUGAAAAUUUACUUGUCGAUAAACAAAAUUUAUUAUGUGUAUUUAAAUUAGUUAUAAAAGAUCUGUUAAAUUCAAGUUUACGGCAUGAACGUUUACUUGAAAAAGAAUAUUUCCCUCUAAAACAUUUUUUUAUUGUCUUCGAACAAAUUCUAUUACAUGGUUAUACAGGUAAAAAAUCCUUUCAAAUAACUUCCUCGUCAAAUCGUAAAGAUCUUUGGCCGAUUAUUGAUCUUAUUGCACGUAAAUCAACUGAUGCUAAUAUUGUUGAAAUAUCUCUAUCGUCAAAAGAAAUGACAAAUAUUCGUACGCCAUUAGGACGUGUACGUGCAUGGUUACGUCUUGCAUUAAUGCAAAAACGUUUAGCUGAUUAUUUUAAAAUUCUUGUCGAACAAAAACAAGAACUAAAAGAAUUAUAUGAUAAUGACGGAUUAUUAUUAUCCGAUGAAAUAUCCAUCAUAACCGGUUUACUUGUUGGUCUCAAUGUGUUAGAUUUAAAUUUUUGUUUAAAAGAAGCUGCACUGGAUUAUCCUAGUGAUACAACAAUUCAUUAUAGUUUAUAUCUACGUGAAAGACGUAUACCAGCACAAUCAAUCUCAAAUAAUAUUCAUCCGCCAGGUUCCAUCGAAGAUCAUAUUGAUGAAUUAGAUGAUUAUUCAUCAUUAUCAUCCUCACCGAUAAUUGUACGAGCUACAAAUGCACAAAAUUCUGAUACUGCUGUUUUAUCAAGUUCAAAUGAUAUAAUGACAUUUGAUGAUCAAAGAAUUACAAAUAUUAUUGAUCAAAAAAAUUAUAUUGAAGAACUUCAUCGAAAUUCACAGAAAACAGUCACAAAUUUACAAAAACGUCUACAAGCACUUGAACAUACGAAUAGAUCGCUAUUAGAAGAUUCAAUAGUACAAAAAAUUCGUAUCGGACAAUUGGAUGACGAUUUGAAAAAAGUCAAAUCAGAAAAAGAACAAAUAAUACUAUCUUAUCAAUCGAAAAUCGAAGCUUUAAAUUCUGAUAUGGCAGUUGAACGAGAGACUUUUAAAAAAUCUCGCGAAGGUUUUGAUCUACUUUACAAUGAAUUGCAAAAGAAAUAUGACAAUGAAUGUUUAUCCAAACAAGAUGUUGAAACUGAAUAUCAAAUUCAAUUAGCACAAAAAAAUGAUUUUAUUGAAGCCACAAAAUUAAUGGAAAAAGAUUGUGAAGUGAAAACAACAUUGUAUACUCAUAUGAAAGAACAAAUCGAUAGUAUUAAAAAUGAAAAUAUACGUCUAUCAGAAAGAUUACAUUUCGAAUUAAGUCGAAAUGAAGAAAUUGAACAUCAAAUACAAUCACUUGGUAAAGAGAAUCAAAUGUUAAGAGAAACAAUUAGUCAAUUAGAAUCCAAUAUCGAGGAGAUCAAUAGUGAAAAACAUGCUCUUACUGAUACCAAUGAUUCGCUAAGUCGAGAUCUUGCUAGAAUUGAUGCUGAAAAAACAUCAAUUGAAACUGAUUUACGUGUAGAAAAAGAUUUUCGACAACGUCUUCAACAAACAUUGACAAGUGAAAAAGAAAAAGUCUCAUCACUUCAAUUUGAUAUUCAUGAAUUAAAUUUAAUCAAACAAGAAUACGAUUCAUAUAAAAAAGAAAUGUCUAGACAACAAAAUGAUUUGCAAAAGAAAUUCCAAGAACAAGAAGAGACCAUACGAGAGUUAGCAUUAAAAUUAGAAGUAUCAAUUAAGCGUGAAGACGAAUUCCGAGAAAAAGAUGGUCUACGUCUAUCAACAUGGAUGAAAGAUGAAGAUGUGAAAGAAUGUUGUCAAUGUAAAAAAGAAUUUAGUUCACUUAGAAGAAAACAUCAUUGCCGAAGUUGUGGUCAAAUAUUUUGUGAGGCAUGUGCUGGUACAAAACUUCCAUUGCCUAGCUCAAAUAAACCAGUUCGCGUUUGCGAUAUGUGUCGUAAUCAUUUAUUAGCACAAUGUGCGGUUAAUAGUCCGUAA